GCGGAGCAGAGCUGCCCGGCCUGGCGGCGGGCGAUGCCCCCGUGAGCCUCACUCGUCGCCCCUCCCCGCCCCGCGUCCCUACCCCCUCGGAGUCCGCCGCCCGCCUGGGACCGGGCCGCGCCUACCGCCGGGUCCGCGGGGCGGGGUCCCGGGGCGCACCUGCCCCGCCUUGCGGAGCCACCUCGGCCAGCGGAGACUCCUCCCUGUCUGGACCCCGGCCCCACCUCUGGACUCUUAUCACAUCACCUUCUCCUGGGAGCUACCCUGAUUGCCUUCACCUUCUUUCUUGAAAACUGGUGUCUCAGCAGAAGUUAAUUGAAGCCUGUGUAAAUGCCCUAGGGGUGUGCUGUUGGCAGGGGCACAGCCCCCUGUGAUGCAGAACACCACGCUGGGAUUCAUCAGUUUGGGUUGCCUGAGGCCCUGCUGCCCCGUGGACCAUGUUUAACGGGGAGCCGGGUCCGGCCUCGGCCGCAGCCUCCAGGAACGUGGUUCGGAGCUCCAGCAUCAGUGGCGAAAUCUGCGGAUCCCAGCAGGCUGGGGGUGGGACCGGGACCACCACAGCCAAGAAGCGGCGCAGCAGCCUUGGGGCCAAGAUGGUGGCCAUCGUGGGCCUGACCCAGUGGAGCAAGAGCACGCUGCAGCUCCCCCAGCCUGAAGGGGCCACCAAGAAGCUGCGCAGCAACAUCCGGCGGAGCACGGAGACGGGCAUCGCCGUGGAGAUGCGGAGUCGGGUCACACGCCAGGGCAGCCGCGAGUCCACUGACGGGAGCACCAACAGCAACAGCUCCGAUGGCACGUUCAUCUUCCCCACCACCCGCCUCGGGGCCGAAAGCCAGUUCAGUGAUUUCCUGGAUGGGCUGGGACCUGCCCAGAUUGUGGGGCGACAGACGCUGGCAACACCACCAAUGGGGGACGUGCACAUUGCCAUCAUGGACCGGAGCGGCCAGCUGGAGGUGGAAGUGAUUGAGGCUCGGGGCUUGACCCCCAAACCUAGCUCUAAAUCCCUCCCAGCCACCUAUAUCAAGGUUUACCUGCUCGAGAACGGGGCCUGCUUGGCCAAGAAGAAGACAAAGGUGGCCAAGAAGACCUGUGACCCCCUGUACCAGCAGGCUCUGCUCUUUGACGAGGGGCCCCAGGGCAAGGUGCUACAGGUGAUUGUCUGGGGGGACUACGGCCGCAUGGACCACAAGUGCUUCAUGGGCAUGGCCCAGAUCAUGCUGGACGAGCUGGACCUGAGUGCUGCCGUGGCUGGCUGGUACAAACUCUUCCCCACGUCCUCAGUGGCAGAUUCUACGCUUGGAUCCCUCACCAGGCGCCUGUCCCAGUCCUCCCUGGAGAGUGCCACCAGCCCCUCGUGCUCCUAAGGACCUCAGGAAGAGGCCGGGAUGUGGUGUGGGAAGGGGUGCCUGCUGGCCCCCCACCUCCUCCCCUGUACAUAGUCUUCACGUCUUUCUGGAUCUUUUGCCCUGCUGCAUGCCUGUUGGCUACUGGGCCCAUCCCAGCUGGCAGUGGAGACUGUAGUGUGUGUGUGUUUGUGUGUGACCACGUUAUAUCUGUUUAUUUGGCUGGGUAUUGUCAGUCUUGGUGACUACAUGGGCUGAAGUCCAUGUCUUUCUGUGUCUUGUUGAAAAGAAACCCAAAGGAGUGUUGUGUGGACACAACUCCCCGAGUCCAGGGGUGGAAGUGGGGGACGUGGCCAUUGGUCCAUCCUGCCUGGUCCCAUGUCCGGGGCAGAGCCUGUGUGUCCCUGCCUCUGCCUCCUCUUGGUGGUCCCUAGUUAGUCUCUGUCUUGUCCUUUGUCCCACCUUUGCCUCUUCCAGCACUGCUGCUCUUUUUGAGGAAUGUAGCGUCCCCGUCGCUGGCCACGCUGAGGGCCCUCUGGGAACCCUGACACCCCUCCUCCCCACCCCAGCACUCUGGCCGCUCUUCCCACUGGAUGCACCCGCAGCAUGUAGCAUGCUCAUCUCGUGCCCUGCCCCGGGCCCCAGAGAGCAAAGAUGCCCGGGAGCUGAGAGCUUGGGGGUCGCUGUCUCCCUCUGACUGCCUCCUUCCUACAAGCGAAAUGUGAGGAGGUCUUAGUUCCCAGGGUUGCUGGCCGCGUACCUUAGAGGGAAGUGCCUGCCUGCCUUAGCAUUGUUCUCCACCUCCUGCCUCCCUCCAAGCUGCCUCACCUCUGACAUGCCAAAGCAGCUCUCCCAGGGGACCCCAGGAGGUGUGACUGGAGGGUCUUGACACCCAGGAGGUCGGCCUCAGAGGGGAUGUUAUCUGCCAAAGCAGAUAAUCCCUGGAGGUACCUGUGUCCUCCCCAGGCCCUGAGGGUGGCCCUGUCCCCCUCUGGGCUCCUCCUGGUGGAGCCUGGCUUGUGAGGAGGUGCUGAGGGCAGCGCUGUUUGCUGGAAUUAGGAGAGUGGGGGCUGACUUGCUCUGAGCCGCUGUUGAGAAUCCCGUCUAACCUUUAGGGAUUAGCUGCAUGAAGUCCAUCAUUUGGGCCUCUAUUUUUUUUUUGCUCAUGUCCAGACCAGGGUUUCUGUCUGGGAGCUCAGACUUACCUGGGCUCCAGCCUCCUGGCUCCACAGACAGUCUGGCUUUGGGUUCUAGACUGCCACAGUCACCAGCUCUGUACAAGCAAUACUCCCCGCUCUCAGCCUCCCUGCCUCCCUGCGCUCCGCCGCUGCCCUCUGGAGACAGGCCUGGCCUGCUCUGUGCACCUCACCUGCCUCUGCUUUCUUCCCACCCUUGUCUAGUAGGAGCUUCCCAAAGCCACUCAAACCCUGACCUGAUUUGACAAGGCUGGGCCCUGUUGGUGGAGACCAACGCCAGGACUGGACCUUGUGAGAUGUCUGCUGGGAAUCCUGAAGUCUGGCUCAGGAAUGCCUACAUCUGUCCCUCUCCCUCCUCAGGUCUAGGGUGGAAGGUGGGGGGUUGCCUGGGAGACAGACACAGCAGCCCUUGGGUCCAUGUCUGGUGGGGAAGAAAGAGGCAGAGGAGGGGUCAGGGUAUGGGGCAGGCUCUCUCUACCUCUUCCCCAGACGUCCUCCUGUAGUGCUGCAAUGACUGUAAGCCACGCAUGGUACUUGAGGCGGGGGAGCUAGCUGGGGGAGCAGUGGAGAGGUCUCAGGGCCUGAGUGCUGGGACUCCAUUUGUAACCAAAGCUGGUGGGCAUAGAGGUGGGUUCUGAGGGAGGGAUGGAGGAGGAAGCUCUCUGGAGAUAAAGCCAUCUCCACCCAAAGGGCCUCCUUUCUGGCAGGGAUCACGUUAGGCUGAAGCCAGAUGCCUGUAACCUCCCUCCCAAGGAAACAAGGGGACGGAGCCAGGACCCCACCGGUCCUGCCUGCAGACAAACAGUGGGUAAAGGCAGUAAGGAAAUGAACACAAUGAGCUCCUGUCUUCUGCCGGAGCCUCCGUUCUUGUAUUAUCACAGACGGGAACGUGUGUGUGCAGGAGAGGGGGAGGCGGCUCGGUCGUUCUGCAGAAAUUCUCUCCCAUUGUUGGGACUAUAAUGCAUGCAUUUCUCACUUUCUAAAAUGAGGCAAAGGGCUCUGUACACUGACCCUAGGGUGAGGAGAGGGAGGAAACUCACUCGCAAAAGGGCAUUUUUAUGUCCUGGCUAUGAUGUCUUCUCCUCUAGAGCAGCCACCCUCAGGAUGCUGUGAAAAUGCUCUACACCUGUGGAGUGGUGGGAUUCUUAGUGAUUGAUCCCCAGGACAGUAUAGACAUUUGCCUAUGUAGCACCGACUGGUGAUACCCAGACUAUGCAGUCACCCCCAGAGAGUGGGGCAAUAUCAAUGAGGGAUAUCACCCUCAUUCCUCCAGGGGCCCAGGGAGACAGAGAGAGGAGGCAACGAGCACCAGCAGAGAGGCUGCCAUGGGGGAGCUGUAGGCUGUGUGCCCGUGCCGCUGGGGGUGGGUUAGUUAGCACAAGGGAAGCUCUAGCCAGUGGUGGGGCCUGACGUGUUGGUAACUUGUCCAACCUGCCUGCAGUCACCCGCUGCCAAAACUGCCCAGGGGUUGGGCCACUCCACUGUUCCUCCUCUCUAAUGGGAAGUAAUUCCCCCCCAGUUGACUUUGGGGAAUUAUUCUUUUUAACCCUUUGCACUAAAUAAGUUACUCAUCCCCACCUGGAUUUUCCCCCAAGGGGGUGAAGUUGAGUGAGGCUGACAUGUAUGUGUGAGGGGGAAUGGCUGGUUUUAGGGCCUGUUUCUCAGGAUCCUGGACACAGAGGCUUGUCUGAGAAGCUGCUCUGGAGCUGGCCUGUCCAAGAGAGGAGGGAGCAUGUGUGUGACUCCUGACCUUCCCUGGGUUGGGGGGCCUCUGUCCUUUGAAGAGGGGAUGGUGGGAAGGGAAGGAACAUGAUCCCCCGCCGAGUUCUCCCUAACCUGGGACCAGCUCACUGCCAGGUACAGUAUCCUGGCUCCAAAUGCUCCCUUACCCCAGAGGGAACCUCGGGCUCUUUACAGGCUGGGGCUUUUUGUCAUUCCAACCUCCUCUGCUCAAGCAGGAUUCGUGGAAGAUGUGGCAGAGAUGGGAGUAGCCCUGUGGCAAUGCUGGGCUGUGGGCAGGAACCGUGAUGGAUGAUUCAGAGCACCUGUCUUCACGUUUCUGUCCUGUUCAAUGUGUCUCACCUCCUUCAUAGACUCCUUCCCCUCAGGGAAGUUGUGAUGGGUCUUUGGUAUGAAUCAGCCUCCAGCAAAUGGGGCCAAGUCUUGGUUUGACAAGGGGGAUUUGAUCCUUCAGGGAAGAAUCCUCUCCAAAACUACUCCGCAUCCCAUUUCUUCCACCACCCAGCUCUCCUAGGAAAGGAGCGUGUGGGAGGCUCUUGGUAUGCAGCAAGUCCCAGGCAUUGCCAGCAUUUCAUGGAGCUGAGGCAGAACCUAGGAGCUCCAGAGAGAGGGCACCAUGUAGCUCAUCACUCUUGGGAUUGGCAGUUAGAACACUGAGGUCAAGCCAGUUCUCCCAGGGGCAUGACACUCCUCAGGGCAAGCAUGCCUGAGCUCUUCUUUACUGCCAGCCUUGAGGAGAGCAGAUACCCCCUCCCCUUUUAAAGACAAUAGAGCCCUCCAAGGGUACUUCUUUGGAAAUGAAAUGUAGCACAAUGUUAGACUGCAUUACCAGGAGCCCUGACAUGCAACCAGGGUUCUUGCUCCACGCCCUGCUGCCCAGGAGAUGCUCCUCCUCCCCUGGGGCUCCAGAGCUCCUAAUACCUCUGAUUCCCCAUCUUCCUUGGCCCAGAAAGCAGCAGGGCUUCAGUAAGGCUGCUCUUCUGUUUCUCUGAUUGCUUCCUGCACUGUGCAAACUCUGUGCAAGACAUUGCUGCCUUUGCUUGAUGUUAUAGACGAGUGGUCCUCCACCCGGGUGGAGGGAGAUGGCACAUCAUUCAGGGCCAGGAGGUUGUCCAGCAGUAUCUGCAGUGGCUGUGAGGAGAUGGAAAAGAAGAGACCUGUUGCCCGUCGACUCCUCCCUGUCUCUUCCUCUCCUCAGCAUUUUCUUCUUCAACAUCCUGACACGUAAAGAGGUUCUUUAAAAUGCUGCUUCCUCUACUGGAUGAUCGUUCCCUGAAUGAUCAGGGAGGAGAUGGGAAUGUAGACUGGUCCCCUGCCUGCUCCCUCAAGUCUGCUUUUCACUCAGGUCAGAAGAGAUUGGGGCAAAACCAAACAAUCAUGAUUGAAGGGCAGGGGAGCCCCAUCCCAUCAGGUGAGGCCUGAUGGGGGCUGGAUCAGCCGGGUCUGGCUGGGAAAGGGUUAUUUUGAAAGAGUGCCUGAGCAUCUCAGAGCAAUGUCAGUGAUGCCAAAGAGAGCAACUUGGCCUCCUUGGGCACCAACUCUACUGGCUGAGCUGCACAACCGCAGCUCAGGUGUUGGCCUGCCUGAUGGUGGGACCUUGUUCUCUGACAAAGGGCUUAAUUUUUCCAUGUAGCAAAGCAACUCCCUCUCCCCCCAACCCUGAGCUGCGGCUUUUGUGGGCCCAGCAAGGCUGUGCCUGUGAGGGAAGCCACGCUAGUGAGAGAAACUUGCAUUCCCUCAGGGGCCUGGAUUGGCUUGGGAUGAGUGCUCGUUGCAAAGCAUGAAUGUUAACUGCUUUGGGAAAACUGUCCCGGGCUCUGGCUGGAAACCUGGCCAGGAGGAUGGGGGCCUUGGGCCUCCCAAGGAGUUCACGCUGGUGCCAGGAAGCAUCCCUGGGACUGAGUUCCAGGGAGUUUGGCUAACAGAAAUGGGCCCUGGGAAUUCCCCGGGCAACAGAGCACCUGCCCCGUUGGUCAGUGGCCUGACAGCUGGCUACAGGGAAUCAAAGGCUGUUAUAUACAGUUUUGCCAGAAACUGACUCUGCGCAAGACGACUCACUUUGCUGGGCCUCAGCUUCCUCAUCUGCAAAAUCAGAGCAUUUGCUAGUUGCUCCAUGGUUCUCUCCAGGUUUUAAAAGUCUGAUCUGGAGCUGAUGAGGGUUGUGAGCCUGGUGCACCUGGCACCUGGUUCCAUAGGCUGGUUUCAUCCAGCCCCAGGUGCCCAAGCUGGGUGCAGAUCCUCCUUGUCCACGCCCAGAUGCUGCCUCUGACAAGAACUCUGGGAAUCCUAACAGACUGCUUCCACCUCUGUGAUUUGUUCUCCCUCUUUUCUUCUUGUGUAAUGAUGAGAAAUACUUAAGGGUUGUCUACAAUGGACAAUUUUCAAGGUGCUGAUGUGAUGUCACAACCUCAGCUGCAUCCUGCGUAUCCUCACCCGCAGAUGAGGCUGGGUCGGUCCUCAUUUCUGCUUCUAGACUGACAUCAGUGGGAGAGUUGAACAUCUGAGAAUUUUAAAGGAAAUGCUCUCUGAUGGGAGGAGGAAGGGAACUUAUUUCCCUUCAAAGCAUUUUGCUUCUUAAAACCACUCCUCUCCCCAGAAUGUCUUUUACCAGACAUCAUCUCAGCAGGCAGAGUGGCUGCUUCCUUAGGAAAAGUUGGCCUGAUUGUCCUAUCCACUCCUUUAGAAUGUAAAUUCACAGGAGGCAGGAACCCCUUUUUUAGAAUUUCCAAAUACAUCCUGCAAAGAAAGAGAUAGCUGAUAGGGACUGACAAGCACACUGUUUAGAUGAGAAGCAAUUAGCCUUUUAUAUCUGUGCUCUAUACAUUUUCUAUGUGCAGCAUCUUUCCAAACAUUGUUGCUCCUGGGUGGCAGGUGAACAGCUGAGAAGCACUGCCGGCUGUUUCCUACGUUCUUGCCAAUUCCCUUGACGAGAAAAUUCUUCACAUGGCUUCUGCAUGUACAGUAUUUGAGCAGCAAAAAAUGAUUAAAAUCAGUUUGAAAAUGGUCUCGUGUGUCGCUUU